UUUGAAGACCGACAUGCGAUCGUGCAUCCUGAGGAACCUGCUAAGUGCGCAGCGAUUGUCGCGCGACGCUCCUGGAAGUCAUAUAUCACGAUCGUUAACGUAUUCACGACUACAGCUGACGAGGAGGUUCUCGAGCGACGUAGGAAACGGCUACAAGGACAAGGAAGAUGACGCGAGUAAGGACACCGGUUAUAACCUCGCGGCUGCUAUGAAUACAAAAUACAAAAUAUUUCAUGAUGAGGACGCUGACAUUAUUUUUGACGUGAGCGAAGAACAACAAAAGAUCCUCCUCGAGGAUUUGAAUAAACAGGAGGAGGAAAUUCAUGAUCCUUACGCCGACAUAAAUUUGGAGCACGGUGUUACUGGAGUAUUUGAUAUCGAUCAACUUGUUGAGUUAUUGGAAAGAGACAAGGCCAAAAAUAUCUUUGUCGCUUCUGUUCCCAAGGAAUUUGCUUACGUUGAUUACAUUGUUGUUGUGACUGGAAAUUCACAAAAGCAUAUGAACGCUUUGGUCACUUUUGUACGCAAAGUUUACAAAUUGAAAAGAUACAAAAACGAGUUGAUACCUAAUAUUGAAGGGAAGAAUUCAAAAGAUUGGAUGGCCUUAGAUUUAGGAAAUAUUGCUUUACAUAUCUUGUCUAAUUCUGCUAGAGAGCAUUACGAUUUGGAGACUCUAUGGUCAGUCGGUUCACAAUACGAUGAUAAGAGUAAUGCAUGUGAGGAAUCGAGCAUUAUGGAUCAGUAUAAUGCCUUCUUAGCAGAUCUGAAACCAGCUGAUGAUACUCGAUGAUUUUCUG